AUGGGUAAGGGAAAGCCUCGUGGUUUGAACGCCGCUCGCAAGCUCAAGGAUCACCGCCGUGAUCAGCGAUGGUCCGAUCUGUCCUUCAAGAAGCGCCUUCUGGGAACAGCCUACAAAUCGUCCCCCUUCGGUGGUUCCUCUCACGCCAAGGGUAUCGUCCUCGAAAAAGUCGGUGUUGAGGCCAAGCAGCCCAACUCCGCUAUCCGAAAGUGUGUCAAGGUUCAGUUGAUCAAGAACGGAAAGAAGGUCACUGCUUUCGUCCCCAAUGACGGUUGUCUUAACUUCGUUGACGAGAACGACGAAGUCCUUCUCGCCGGUUUCGGUCGUAAGGGCAAGGCCAAGGGUGAUAUUCCUGGUGUCCGUUUCAAGGUCGUCAAGGUUUCCGGUGUCGGUCUGUCCGCUCUCUGGAAGGAGAAGAAGGAGAAGCCUCGUUCAUAA